AUGGAUAACGUCGACCUUACCCACCAGCAACCGCCAGAAGUCCAGGAACACCCACCUGGCGUCGUCUUCGCACCAGUGCCUGACAUGGGCGCUAUCGCCCAAGGGGUUCCAGGCAUGAACCCAUGCAGCAUGUUACCUGAGGCCCACUGGGGACAAUGGUGGUCCCCCAACGAUGCUGCCUUUGCCGAGUCGGCCAACGUGACUGCUCCAGUCCACUUUGGUCAGGAGCAACAUUUAUUUUAUAACAAUUCCACCUUGAACCCUGAACAGGUGACACAAUGGGACUCUCCUUCAACCUCUACACACAGCUAUCCUCUACUUUCACCAUCAACCGAAGCUACAAGCUUUGUUGAGUCACCUAGUAAGAGCCGUCGAAGCUCUUCCGUAACCCAAACCGACCAACGACGACGCAAGCGAAGCACAGCAGCAGUAGCAGCAACAGCUAAACACAAGUCCCAACCCACAACCACAAAGCCGACAAGACGCGCUUCCGCAAGAAAGACAUCCAAAGCUGAACCCGACACCACUGCUGCCUCAGAAAAGCCUAGACGGGGCAAAAGAUCAAAAGCAACGACCAAAACACCACCAAAGCCCGAACGAAAUGAAGAAUAUGACGACGAUGAAUACGAUGACGCGGAAGUCGACCCCGAACAAGAGUAUGAUAUUCACAGCAAAAAGGUACAGGAGAGAAACCGGAUCGCGUCCAACAAGUUCCGCGUCAAGAAACGCGAGGAUGCCAUCAAGCUCCGGGUUGACGAGGAAGACAUGGAGCGAUCCAACCGCGACUUGAGUAACUGCGUAUCCGACCUGACGAUGGAGAUCUACGACCUCAAGAUGAAGCUACUGCAGCACACAGACUGCGACUGCGCCUUGAUACAGGACUACAUUGCGAGCGAAGCCAAGCGAUACAUCAAGGAUCUGGGUGAGGGCAAGCAUCCGAAUGCGACGCCCCCUCUUCCACCACAACCGCCUUUUCAACACAUUUAUCAUUAG